GUGCACGAGUUCCCUCUCCCUCACCCUCUCUGCUUUAAAGUCUCAGGCAGGAUCCAGCUCACAUGUUACUUCCUGUAUGGAAGAAUGGAAAGCUUCCAGGCACUGUGAUCAUUCCUUCUCAGGAGCCACAACUUUCAGCAUGGACUAGAGCUGCAUUUUAUAGGAGAAGACCCCUUGCACUGAUCCCCCCUGGAUUUUUGCCCACCUGCAUGCAUGAAGGAAAAUCCUUUACCCAGGGCUUCCUACAGCUUCUCUUCUUUUUAUUUCUUCUCUGGCUCUUCAACUUCCCAAAUCCUACAAAGUCCUCUGCCUUCCUGCUUCUAUAGCUUCCCCAGGCCCUGCACUGAGGCUGGGAUCUCCCCCACUCCCUGUACCCAUUUAACCCUUCCAGGACAUUUGUGGCUUGCUGGAUUAGAGGUGAAUCAGUCAACAAGUUGCCUUCCCUUCUCAAUGUGCAUGUUGUCAUGCGGAGACUCCUGGAGCCGUGUUGGUGGAUCUUUUUCCUGAAAAUCAGUACCUCUGUACUGCAUUAUGUAUUAUGUUACCCAGCAUAUACAGAGGGUAGCAUUGGAUCCCUACAAGAACACAGACAUGGCAGCUCUGUUCAAAUACGAAGGCGUAAAGCAUCCGCAGAACCUUAUUGGUCCUACUCAGGUGUGUACGGCCCUGACCGCUGGGUGAUGAACAGCAAUGAUUGUGGCGGAAUGCACCAGUCUCCGAUAGAUAUUGCAGAUUACAAUGCUCAGAUCCGAGACGAGUACCAGGAGCUGCAACUGGAAGGUUUUGAUAAUGAAUCUUCAAACAGAACGUGGAUGAAGAACACAGGAAAAACAGUUGCCAUCCUCCUAAAGGAUUAUUAUUUUAUCAGCGGAGCAGGCCUGCCAGGCAGGUUUAAGGCUGAGAAAGUUGAAUUCCACUGGGGACAAAGUAAUGCAUCAGCAGGCUCUGAACACAGCAUCAACGGGAGAAGGUUCCCUGUCGAGAUGCAGAUUUAUUUUUACAAUCCCGAUGACUAUGACAGUUUUGGAGCUGCCAUUUUGGAUAAAAGAUUAAUUGCAGCAAUGUCUGUCUUCUUUCAGGUCAGUCAAAGAAACAACGCAGCGCUAGAUCCCAUAAUUCACGGCUUGAAAGGAGUUGUCCAUCAUGAAAAAGAAACGUUAUUGGAUCCGUUUAUUCUGAGGGACCUUCUUCCCACCUCCCUUUCCAGUUUUUAUAGAUAUACCGGUUCCCUAACGACCCCUCCGUGCAGCGAGAUUGUAGAAUGGGUUGUGUUCAGCCGGCCUGUUCCAAUUUCUUAUCGUCAGCUAGAAGCAUUUUAUUCCAUAUUUACCACGGAGCAGCAGGACCAUGUCAAAUCAGUGGAGUAUUUGAGAAACAACUAUAGACCAAGGCAAAGCCUGAAUGAUAGGGUUGUGUACAAAUCUGCAGUAAAAGAUGCCUGGAGUCAUGACAUGUCAGACUACUUAGACAAUCCGCUUGGCACAGAAUCUUCAAAAGUAUGCAGUACCCCUCCAAUAAGUAUGAAAGUACAGCCAGUAAAUAAAACAGCGCUUCUGGUAACGUGGAAUCAACCGGAGACAAUAUACCACCCACCUGUUAUAAACUAUAUGGUUUCCUACAGCUGGACAAGGAAUGAUGAUGAAAAAGAGAAAACGUAUACAAAGGACAGUGACAAAGACAUGAAAGCCGUUAUUAACCAUGUUUCGCCUGACAUCCUCUACCUGUUCAGAGUUCAAGCUGUUUGUCGGAACGAUAUGCGCAGUGAUUUUAGCCAAACAAUGCUAUUUCAAGCCAAUACUACACGUAUAUUUGAAGGAACCAGGAUUGUAAAAACAGGAGUGCCUACUGCUUCUCCAGCUUCUUCUGCUGACAUGGCACCAAUCAGUUCAGGAUCUUCUACGUGGACUUCUUCGGGGAUUCCUUUUUCUUUUGUCUCCAUGGCAACAGGGAUGGGUCCAUCUUCUAGUGGGAGCCAAGCAACUGUGGCUUCUGUUGUUACUAGUACUUUACUAGCUGGCCUUGGGUUUAGUGGUGGUGGUUUACCUUCCUUUCCAAGCACUGUUUGGCCUACUCGCCUUCCUACAUCUUCUCCUUCCACCAAUAAGCAAAAUGUAAAACCUGUUGUUUCCACUACUGAAUCUUUACCAUCUGCAGGACCGGAUAGCGAGGCUUCUCCUACCAAGAACAACCAAGGAGCGGAGGAAGGAGAAAAAAAUGAAAAAGGGGAGGGAGAGGAUGGGGAAAGAGAUCCAGAGGAAGAAGGUGAGAAAGAAUCUGAAAAAAAAGAAAAAAGUCCCACCACACAUUCUUCAGAGGCACAAAAUCAAACAGAGUCUACUCCAACUACAGUUUCCACUAAUAAAGUGGAAGAUUCUGGAGAAAAUGAAACUUUGACUGAUCCAGAACAAAAACAAAAUACUACAUUAACAGAUAGUGAUGACAUUACGUGGAAUACAACUGCAGCAACUUUAGUCCCAUUGCAAACAACAGAUGAAGAUUAUGACUUAAUGCUAACGGCAAAGCCACCAGAAUCAUCUUCAUUUGGCAGAAAUAUGCCAGACAACAGAUUCAUCACAGUUAACCCAGAGGACAAGUUCAACUCAAGCAUGGCAAGCAGACCUUCCCCAAGCAAAAUGGAAUGGGUGAUUCCAUUGAUGGUAGUUUCUGCUUUAACAGUCUUGUGCCUGAUCCUUCUGAUAGCUGUGCUGGUAUAUUGGAGGAAGUGUUUCCAAACAGCUACUUUCUAUGUGGAAGACAGUAAUUCCCCACGUGUUGUUCCCAAUGAAAGUAUCCCAAUUAUUUCAAUUCCAGAUGAUAUGGAAGCCCUUCCUGUCAAGCAGUUUGUUAAACAUAUCACCGAACUUUACUCUAACAACCAACAUGGAUUUUCAGAAGAUUUUGAGGAAGUUCAGCGAUGCACAGCCGACAUGAAUAUUACAGCAGAACACUCCAACCACCCAGAUAAUAAGCACAAAAACAGAUAUAUCAACAUUGUAGCAUAUGACCACAGUCGUGUGAAACUGAGGCCUUUGCCAGGGAAGGAUUCCAAACACAGCGACUAUAUUAAUGCCAAUUAUGUGGACGGAUACAACAAAGCCAAGGCGUACAUCGCUACCCAGGGACCUUUAAAGUCUACUUUUGAAGACUUCUGGAGAAUGGUUUGGGAGCAAAAUACUGGUAUCAUUAUUAUGAUAACAAACCUUGUGGAAAAAGGUCGAAGAAAAUGUGAUCAGUACUGGCCAACAGAAAAUAGUGAAGAAUAUGGAAAUAUUGUAGUCUCUUUGAAGAGCACAAGAGUGUACGCAUGUUAUACAGUGCGGCGAUUCACUAUCAGGAACGUAAAAGUUAAGAAAGGCCAAAAAGGAAACCCUAAAGGACGUCAUAAUGAGAGGACGGUUAUCCAAUAUCACUAUACCCAGUGGCCUGACAUGGGUGUUCCAGAAUAUGCUCUGCCUGUACUGACGUUUGUUAGGAGAUCUUCUGCUGCCCGGCAUCCAGAAAUGGGCCCUGCAAUUGUACAUUGCAGUGCUGGUGUUGGCCGGACUGGUACAUAUAUUGUGAUAGACAGCAUGUUACAGCAGAUAAAAGACAAAAACACUGUUAAUGCUCUGGGAUUUCUGAAACACAUCAGAACACAGCGAAACUACCUCGUCCAGACAGAAGAACAGUAUGUCUUUAUUCAUGAUGCAUUAUUAGAGGCCAUUCUUGGGAAAGAAACUGAAGUGUCUUCAAACCAGCUGCACAGUUAUAUGAACACUAUCUUGACACCUACAGCAGGAGGGAAGACAAGACUCGAGAAGCAAUUCAGGUUGGUUACACAAUGUAACGCCAAGUUUGUGGAAUGCUUCAGUGCCCAAAAGGAUUGCAACAAAGAAAAGAAUAGAAACUCAUCAGUUGUACCAUCUGAACGGGCAAGAGUUGGCCUUGCACCAUUGCCUGGAAUGAAAGGAACAGAUUACAUUAAUGCUUCUUACAUCAUGGGUUAUCUAAGAAGCAAUGAAUUUAUCAUAACUCAGCACCCAAUGCCACACACUACUAAAGAUUUCUGGCGAAUGAUUUGGGAUCACAAUGCUCAGAUUAUUGUAAUGCUUCCUGACAACUUAAGCUUGGCGGAAGAUGAAUACGUUUACUGGCCAAGUCGGGAAGAAGCGAUGAACUGUGAGGCCUUUACAGUCACCCUUAUAAGCAAAGACAAACUUUGUCUUUCAAAUGAAGAGCAAAUUAUCAUCCAUGAUUUUAUUCUUGAAGCAACACAAGAUGAUUACGUUUUGGAAGUGCGCCACUUUCAGUGUCCGAAAUGGCCUAAUCCUGACGCACCACUAAGCAGUGUAUUUGAACUGAUUAAUGUAAUCAAAGAAGAGGCCCUAACUCGCGAUGGACCGACCAUUGUACAUGAUGAGUUUGGAGCAGUAUCCGCAGGAACACUUUGUGCGCUAACCACUUUAUCGCAGCAGCUGGAAAAUGAAAAUGCUGUUGAUGUUUACCAAGUGGCGAAGAUGAUAAACCUUAUGAGACCGGGUGUAUUCACAGAUAUUGAGCAGUACCAGUUUCUUUACAAGGCAAUUCUCAGCUUGAUCAGCACGAAGGAGAUUGGAAACGGAUCUUUAGCAUUGGACAAAAACGGGGCGAUUUUGAUCAGCGACGAAUCAGACCCUUCACAAAGUUUGGAGUCACUUGUUUAACAGGAACCCGCAAAAGGCACUAUAUUUGUAAAACUUAUGACCUUCUGAAGACCGGGUGGACAUUUCUGAGGCCUUUUUUUGCCAGACUAUAGGUUAUACAAUAACCCAAUUACUUUUGUACACUGAUAAAAUUUUUGAUAUUUAUUUUUUGCCAUGUUAUGUCUUAAUGCUAUCUUACUGAACAUUUGCACCUCUUUCUUUAACAGUGAAACUCGAUUUUAUGUAGUUUGCACUAUCUGAUCAGUGUUACUGCCUAUAAUAUUUUGACACACAGUUAAGUCCUAACAUGACAUUCCGUAAACAGGAUCAAAUAUGUGCUUGUUUUUAGGUUACAAACCAUUUUUUUUUUUUUAUUGUAACAUAGCUUAAAUGUUUAAGAAAAACAAAACGGAAAAAAAAAACCUUUUUUUAAACAAAUUAUUUUAAUUCUAUGUUGUGUUUGCGCUUUAUUUUCUGUUCAAUAUCACUUUGAUAACGGCUAUUUAACCCUAUGUUUGGGUCAACACAAAUAUUUUCCAUCCACUGUUUUUUAUAAAAUAUUUCAGUCUUUUAAACUACAGCAGACAUGUUUUAUUUUUUAUUUUUCUCUAGAUAAAAACAAAGAUGUGCAUGUAAGACCUUUUCACUGUAUCCUUUGUUCCAUUUACAAUCGAUAAAAUUCUUAUGGCGUAACAUAUCUUCUCACGAUCGCUUGGUGUUGCAAAUUGUUUCUUCAUAUUAUUAUUUUUUUCAUGCACUAAUUUUACACUGCCAUCUAUUCUGUUCUGUCUUAACACACUCUCUGAAUAUUAAUGUUCUCCCAGUGUAAUUUUUGUAUUUUUUAACCCAAAUAAGCAAUAGCUUAAAUUUCAUACUGAAAUAAUUAAAGCGAUACUAAACCCACAUUUUUUCUUUCAUGAUUCAGAUAGAGCAUGCAAUUUUAAGCUACGUUCUAAUUUACUCCUAUUAUCAUUUUUUUUUCAUUCUCUUGCAAUCUUUAUUUGAAAAAGAAGGCAUCUAAGCUAAGGAGCCAGACCAUUUUUGGUUCAGAUCUCUGGACAGCACUUGUUUACUGGUGGGUGCAUUUAGCCACUAAUCAGCAAGCACAACCCAGGUUGUGAACUAAAAAUGGGCCAGCUUCUAAACUUAGUCUUGCUUUUUCAAAUAAAGAUAGCAAGAGAAUGAAUAACAAUUGAUAACAGGAGUAAAUUAGAAGGUUUGUUUAAAAUUGCAUGCUCUAUCUGAAUCACGAAAUUUCGGUUCAGUGUUCCUUUAACUGUGUUUCAGUUAUAGCCAUUAAAAAGUUGCCAUUUUUUCAUAUAUUUAUUUUUAAACAAAGCAGAAAAAUCUUCUGUAGUAAAAACAAUUUAUAAAGAAUGUUAAUUCAGAAUAAUUUUUGAAAUUUAUGAAUUGAUUUUACUUUUGAUCAAAACUACAUUGUGCCAGAUUUAUAGCGUACAUUUGUUUCAGUCAAUGAAAGAAGUUUAAAUGUAUCUUGCAUUUGUCAGCCGGGCAAGGAAGCAUACACUAUAUGUUAGAGAUACCUGUAUAUUAUGCCCUUAUACAGUAUACUGUCAACUUUUAGAAUUGUGCUACACAUGGUUUUAUUACCCAGAAUCCUUAGCUGCAGUGGAACCAUUGCAUAUAUAUUAUUUCAGUUAGUGGAUAUACUCACCUAUAUUUUCAUUGUUGAUUGAGCCAUGGAUUAGUUUAUCAAAUUGACUUUGUUAUAACUAUUCACUUCUAUGUGCACAGAGCAAAUGAUCAGCAUAAGUUCAUAAAAACAUUUAUAAUGUAGUAUUUACAAUCUCUUCUGGAAGAACCUUUUUGCUUUUUGUUAUAUUUGUAGUAUUCCCAUAUUUGGUGAACCAGGGUAUAUUUUAGGUAAACUGACCCAUGGCACUAUGUGUAUGUAUAUAUAUGUGUGUGUGUAUAUAUAUAUAUAUAUAUAUAUAUAUAUAUAUACACACACAUAUAUUUUUUUAUUUUGUUGCUACUUUGCUUCCAGGUGUUUAUUCCAAAAUGAAUGAAAUGUGGAAAUUGUAUCCAUUACAUAUUUUGAAUUUAUUUGAUACAUUUUGUAUAUCAUUCACUUGGUUACAAUCUCUGUGGCUGAGGUGCUAACGGUUUCUAGUAUCUGUCAUCAAAUCACAUUAUCAGAAAAUGAUGUAAUUGUUCCUGCUUUGAUCAGCUCAGGAAUUUUGAUUAAACAUAAGCCCUAAAGAUAUUAUGAAUAUACUUAAUCUGUAUUGAUAAAGUGAAACAUACAUGACAAUGUUAAACCAGUUACAUAUAAAUUAUUUUUUAUUAAAACUUGCCUUAAUUAUUAUUGUUUCAUUGCAAUAGGUUUACAGCUGGGAAAAAAUGUGUGUUAUACAUGUGGGAAUCUUGUACCAGAUUUAAGCAACUUUUUUAGUUUGCUGAAACCUAGAAAAAAAGGUUACAUUGCUUAUACUGACAGAAGUUUUUUGGGCAGAAAGUGGUUAUGCUUUAUUAGUCAUAUUGGUUUGUUAAUUGGAUCUUUUAAUAUUAAAAGAAAAAAAAAGA